CCUUACUUGAACAGGAUCUGUUCUAUAGGCUCGUACCUCUGUAUCCUUGAUUUCUAAGGAGACAGUCCCUAAACCCUGGUUGAUGAAUCAUGGCCGUGCGAUCUGAGUGUGAUUAACGGCUGCGGUUGUCCUCGGACUCUCUAAGCUGUAGAGGAUCGCUACCUAGUCUGGCUUGACCUCUCUAGGGUGGUCGCACGGUUGUCUGACAGGCUCUUUUUUUCUUUUUUUCCGGUAUGAACUUUCAGUUUCUUACCAAUGUGAUCAAAUGCUUAUGCACUCCUCUCUCAUCAAGGACAAGAAUCAAACCCAACAUUGUACACAUACUCUUUAACGAAGAAACCCAGAAAAAAAACAGCAUAUUCCUUUGUAAAGUCUACAGCUUUACAGUCCCUGAACACGGAACUCAGUGAAGAAGAAGAGGGCAAGAAGCUCCGAACAAAUAAGUAUAUAAAGGCACUCUCUUUUAAUGGGUUUUAAUUGGUUAAAAGUUAAAAAAAAUAACUCCAACUUGCUACAAAUCUGAGUGUUAUGGAGUCGUUGCAUCGAGUAGAAACACUACUCUCUGGUCUCCAUUAUCACCCUCGUACUAACGCCAGCAGAAACAGAGUUCCCAGAUCUGUCAAGAUCUUAAACACAGCCAAUCAUGUAAACUCAAGAAAGUGUCAAUGUUUCGAUCUCUACGACCAAUUGGUUCCAUACAAGAAAGCUUGGACAUGGCAGAAAAGCCUUGUCGAGGAGAAAAAAAUAUUGCUUGAUAGAAACCAAGACUGUCCAGACACUCUGAUUCUAUUACAACACUCUCCUGUCUACACAAUGGGAACUGGCAGCUCAGAGGAGUAUCUCAACUUCAACAUAAAGGACGCUCCUUUCGAUGUGUAUCGAACCGAGCGUGGUGGUGAAGUCACUUACCAUGGCCCUGGUCAGCUAGUUAUGUAUCCUAUAAUCAACCUUAGGAACCACGAGAUGGAUCUUCAUUGGUACCUCAGAACGCUUGAAGAGGUUGUCAUCCGUGUUCUUUCCUCAGCUUUCUCCAUCACAGCUUCUCGUCUUGAUGGUUUAACUGGUGUUUGGGUCGGCAACCAAAAGGUGGCGGCCAUAGGGAUUCGUGUGUCAAAAUGGAUAACGUAUCAUGGUCUGGCUCUUAAUGUCACAACGGAUUUAGCACCGUUUAACUCGAUAGUUCCAUGUGGGAUUAGAGACAGGCAAGUUGGGAGCAUAAAGGGUUUGCUUGGAGAUGGAGAAGAACAAGGAAUGGUUGGGGAUUUGAGGUUAAUGGAUGUAGCUCAUGAGUCUUUACUGAAGGAGUUCUCUGAAGUUUUCCAGCUUCAAAUCGAGAAGCAAACUGUUUCAGAUCUUAAUAUUCUGAAAGCUGAGUCUUUCAAAUGUUUGUAGUGAUAAAAAUCCUUGCAAUCUCUAUAACAUUAUUUGUAAUCUCUUUGAAUAUAAAAAAUGGUUUAUUGGCUGUUUGUCAUUA